GCGCGUUCGCUGGACGGAGGAGGGCUCACCGGAACAGCCCGCCCUCCGUGGACUCCUCCCCGCCAGCCACUUGACCUCUCGCAGUCGUCCGCCUUGGUGUUCCUGGAGAAGCUGGGGCCGCUGCCUUAGGAUUUUGGAAAGCAGUGGAUCCCAGGGCCUCUAGGAACUGCUGCGCUGGGAGGUUCCCGCCCGGCGGGCCGGAUCCCAAAUGGGCAUCAGUUCAUGUCCCGGCUUCUCCACUUCCCUUCCACCUCCCUGCUUAUGGUCAGGGAAGGCAGUAGAGGACGGCUCCAGGCAUUGGAUUGGCUCAGCUCUGGCUGUUGCGGCCACUUGGGAGGUGAACCAGCACAUGGAAGAUCUUUCUAUGCUUCUUUGCUGCUAAUGGGUGUGAGCAAGUUAGAUAUUCUAUACCGACGACUUCUCCUCACAAAGCUCUUCAUCCGAGGAUGGGGAAGGCCAGAGGAUCUCAAGAGGCUAUUCGAAUUCAGAAAAAUGAUUGGAAAUCGAGAAAGAUGCCAGAAUCUUGUUUCAAGCGAUUAUCCAGUGUACAUUGAUAAGAUUGAAGAACAGUCAGACUGUAAGAUCUUAGAUGGACACUUUGUUUCCCCCAUGGCCCACUAUGUACCUGAUAUCAUGCCAGUUGAAUCUGUUAUUGCAAGAUUCCAAUUUAUUGUGCCUAAGGAAUGGAACAGCAAAUACAGACCUGUGUGCAUUCAUCUUGCUGGAACAGGAGAUCAUCAUUACUGGAGACGACGAACACUAAUGGCCCGGCCUAUGAUUAAAGAAGCACGAAUGGCUUCUUUGUUGUUAGAAAACCCUUAUUAUGGCUGCAGGAAACCCAAAGACCAAAUAAGAUCCAGCUUAAAAAACGUAUCUGAUCUUUUUGUGAUGGGAGGCGCUCUUGUUUUAGAAUCUGCAGCUCUCUUGCACUGGCUGGAGAGAGAAGGUUAUGGACCUCUAGGAAUGACCGGAAUAUCCAUGGGAGGACAUAUGGCCUCCUUAGCUGUAUCCAACUGGCCUAAGCCCAUGCCUUUAAUUCCCUGUCUGUCUUGGUCCACAGCAUCUGGGGUCUUCACUACGGGUGUGUUGAGUAAAUCCAUUAAUUGGAGAGAGCUGGAAAAGCAGUAUUAUACACAAACCGUUUAUGAAGAAGAAAUUAUUCACAUGCUUGAAUACUGUGGAACAGAUUCUUUCAAAAUGGGACAAGAGUUUGUGAAACAAUUCUCUAGCAGUGCUGACAAACUAACUAACCUUAAUCCAGUUUCCAGAACCUUAAGUAUAGAUAUGACAGAUCAACUUGUGUCCCCACAACCUGCUGAGUGCCAUAAUCCUAGUAAAACAUCUGUCAGUGCCACAUCAAAAGGACUCUUGGUGCAAGACACCUCUAAGUUGGAGUGCUUCAGUCCAGCUCCCUCAACCAACAAAAGUAGUUACGCAAGUUGUAACCCUCAGUCAUACCACCUACUCAGUAAAGAACAAAGAAGAAACAAUCUUCAGAAAGAAUCUUUAAUAUUUAUGAAAGGAGUCAUGGAUGAAUGUACUCAUGUUGCAAAUUUCUCAGUUCCAGUUGACCCAAGCCUCAUUAUAGUGGUACAAGCCAAAGAAGAUGCAUAUAUUCCACGAACAGGAGUCCGAAGUCUGCAAGAAAUUUGGCCUGGUUGUGAAAUCCGAUAUUUAAAUGGGGGUCAUAUUAGUGCUUAUCUUUUUAAACAAGGACUCUUCAGGCAAGCCAUCUAUGAUGCAUUUGAGCGCUUCCUUCAUAAAUAUGCUAACUAAUUGGAUCACUGUGUGUAAUCAGCGUAGCCAUCAUGUUUCUUACAAAAGAACUUCGAUCCUGUGAUGAUGUGAAGAGCAAGAAACAACAUUGAUACCUGUCAACUUAGUGUGCAGUCAACUGUAAAAUAUAGUUGAACAAUUUAGAAACAGUAUUUCAAUUAAAUAGCAUUGAAGUAUUUUUGUUAUUAUUUGUGGGAAUCCCAUAUACUCAAAAGCUAAUUUGUUGCUAUUUAUAAAGUCUAUAAUAUUUAUAAUUAUGAAUAAUUUAUUCAGUUAAAAUACGUUUGUUCAUAGAACCUUUUGUUUUUUAAUAGAAUUGUUAAAUUAGAUAAGAUUAUAAUAAAUCAGCCUGUACUGUGAAGUUUUAUAUAACAUUUCAGCUAUUGGCCCAUUUUGGGAAGCAUACUUAUUUCAUUUUUGGAAGCAUGAUGAAGUGAAAAUCUUGUUUUCAGCUUUAAUUUUCUAUCAUGAAUUUAUACUUAAGUAUGAAAUCAGUGUUAAUUUGUAAUUCUAAAAACUCUGAAUUGCCUGGUAACUAAUUUUAGCAAUUAAAGUGAGUGUUGAAAUGCAGAUAAGAUCCAUUAGACUUCACUAGAUUUUAAAAUUUUAAGAAAAGUAUAUAUUUUUAAAAUGUCAGGCAUAUUUCCCUUAAGAAGUUUCAAUUCAUGGAAAAUGGAAAUAAUCGAAGACUUAUAUGUUAAUUCAUAUAUGUGAUCAUUUUAUUAUAAAUAGCACUUUUUAGUGUACUAAGUAUAUGCUUUAUUUUCACCCAAUUAAGUAGUUUUGACUUUUUUUUUUUA